AUGGAAAAAGAAACCCCAGAAUCAAGGAUGAUGGGCACGAUGAUGAACACCAUGAACAGAGCUAUGGCCCAACAACAGGAAUUCUUUAUGAAGUUAUUGGAGGAUAGAGAUGCUAACAACCGUAAGCAUGAAGCGGUUGCCGAAAACGUGACUAUUGUGGGAUCCGGGGGCACCGGAAAUGAAAUUCCAACCCAGGAAUUAGUAACAAUUGAUGCAAGACAAGUGGGAAAGGUCUGCUCCUACAAGACGUUUCUAUGUUGCAAACCACCAGAGUUUGUAGGGUCAGAUGAUCCCGUGGCAUGUAUGAACUGGCUGCGAGAGAUCGAGCAAGCCUUCCGGGCUUGUGACUGCGAUGAGGGACAAAAGGAGAAAUUUGGCUCCCAAAUGCUAAGGGGUGCAACCCUUACGUGGUGGAACAUUGUCAUAUCGACCGUAGAGGUUACGGAAUUGGCCAAGAUGAGUUGGGCCACGUUUAAGGAAAAUGUGUUGGAGGAAUAUUGCAAUGAGCAGGAGAUGGACCGCAUCGAAGAAGAGUUCCGAACCCUAAAGAAAGGAAACUUGUCGGUAAGGGACUACACACGACUCUUUAUGGAAAAACUAAAUUUGGUAACGGAGAAAGAAAAGAUGAAGGCUUAUUUAAAGGGGUUGCCCGCAGACAUGAUGGUAAUGGUCAGGAAUUCCAGAGCCUCCACCCUUAGAGAGGCAAUUGAAGAGGCAAAGAUCAUGGAGUCGGUGUACAACAAAGGGAGAGAAGAGAAAGCGGCUAGCAGUGAAAAAAGAAAGUGGGAAGGUCAUCAUACACCUUCCAAGAGACCAAACCAUCUCAAAAACAACAACCGUGGAGUUUAUCCUAGACAAGAGGCCAAGUGGUGUCCCAAAUGUCGCAGUAAACAUCUCGGCCCGUGCAUCACCAACCUUACUCUUGUAAAAUGCUUUAAGUGCGGAAAGCCAGGCCACACGUAA